AUGGAGAGCCAGUCGGACGGGAGACUUUACAAGGCUGGUAUGCAGGCGGAAGACUGGAACAAGCAGGAUGUGAAUGGUGCGACAGCCCUUAUCGCUGCGUCUGAGUUUGGCCACGAGGAUGUUGUGGGGUUCCUGCUCAAAUGCAGUGCAGAUGCGAAUUUGGUGAUGUGCACUGGUGCGAGCCCGCUGUACGUUGCUUGCCAGAAUGGCCAUGCAAAGACCAUGUGUUCCUUGCUAGACGCCAGGGCCAGCACAAGUCAAGUGACGGGCGACGGGGUCACACCAUUGCUGAUUGCUGCCCAGAACGGGCAUGUGGACAUCGUGCGGCAUCUCGUGUCUCAGCGUGAUCUCGACCUUGACUCCAGUGAUGAGACAGAUGUAACACCGUUGUACAUAGCAUCUCAGAAUGGCCAUAUCCAGAUUGUGCGAAGCCUCUUGGAGAGACGUGCAGCUGUAGAGUCCAGAAACUCUCGCGGAGCCACGCCGCUUUUCACGGCUGCUCAGAACGGUCAGCUGGAAAUUGUCGAGAGCUUGCUCCGAGGCAGAGCUGAUGUAAAUGCUGAAGCUCAGGAUGGAGCUACGCCUUUGAUCAUGGCAGCUCACAACGGGCAUGUGGACGUGCUUGGCCGUUUGAUCCCAGAGGCCAUCGCCUGGCCAGGUGGCCGGGUCGGUGUACUGGAUAAGGCUGUGGAGGGUGGUGCCACCGCUACGUUUCUGGCUGCGCAGGCAGGGCAGACUGAAGCGGUGAAGCUUCUUCUAUACCACUGGGCUGAUCCAGAGACGCAAACAGCCAUUGGGGCCAGCCCUGUGCACAUUGCAGCUCAGCGAGGUUACCUUCCCGUGCUCGAGUUGCUGCUGGCAGCCGGGGCCGAUGUCAACGCGAGGUCAAAAAAGGGGUCUUCUGGGCUUUAUCUGGCUUCGCAUCAUGGACAUGGGGAUGUGGUGAAGUAUCUUAUCAAGAUGGAAGCACAGGUGGAUGCAUGCCUUCAGAGCGGUGAGCCACCCUUGCUGGCCGCAUGUAUCAAAGAGCACAGCAACCUUGCUCAGCUGCUCGUAGAUUCGGGGGCCAAUCCCAUGGUUGCUGCAGAUGCUGCAAGAAAGGCUGGGCGACAGGAUUUGGCACUUCUUCUUGAGAAGCUCCGACCCUGCCCACAGAAAGAGGCUCCACACGGAGAUGCCGAGGUCGCAGAGCUUGUUCGCGGAGACAUCGUCAGGUGCAAAAUGCAGAUCCGAUUGGGAGACGUCAACUAUCCUCCUCUGCGAAGGUUCCAGGUUCACCAUGUGGGGCCUCAUGGGAGAGUCUUCUUGGUGAACCCAGCCACCCACGAGCCGCACCCGAAGCCAGUCCUGCUGGACGACCUGGUGUUG